AUGACAGAUUUCGAGAAAAAUACAAAUAAAGCAAAAUUUACCAAAUUACCGUCUUACACGAUCAUUGAACCGCAGACCUCGAAUGAAAAUUUUUCCGAAACAGAUAUAACAUCUGCAGAGUCUCAUAAUCUGGUGGAUCAUCGCGAAGAAGUGGAGUUGAAAUGCAAGGACUAUUUUGAAUCAGUUUUCAGCUUAACAACACCUCUAAAUACAAAUAGUAAUGAUAACAACAAUAAAAACGACAAAAACAUACCGAAUGAUGUGACACUGACAAAGGAUAUGGUUAUAAGCGCCGUAGACUGUUUUAUAACCGAUUUGAAUAACGAAAUCAAAGGGGAGUCGACAACUACUCUGUGGUCAGAGGUAGAGGAAACCCACAAAGAAGACGUCCAAACUGAUAUUACAGAUUUAAAAAAUGAAGUCACAAACGGAAUUAUUUCCAAAAAUGUUAUAACAUCCAAAAUACUACAUGAUCUAGAAGAUCAACGAGAAGAAGGCAUGGAGUUGGAAUCGGAGAAUUUUAAAUCAAUUUCGAACCCAGCAACACCAUUAUAUGCAAAUAAUAACACGGAAAACAUAUUAAAUGAGGAGAUACUAACGAAGGAUGGAGUUAUGAGCGCCAUCGACAUUCUUUUAAUCGAUAUGAAUAACGACGUCAAAGUGGAGUUAACAACUCCACCACGGCCAGAGACAAAGAGAACCCACAGAGAAGGCGUUCGAAUGAAUACUACAGCUUUAAGAAGAGAAAUAUAUAUCAAAAAGAGACUUCAAAAUAAUAAAAACAAAUAA